CCAAAGUCUCUGCGGACCUCAGACAGCAUAGAGCGGGGCCUUAUUCACAGCCGCUCCCACCUCGUCACACGAAACAAUCUCUCGGCUGCAGCACGCCAUGGCGGACUCAGCUGCAUUUGCUGGGGUCUGGUCAUCGUUGCCGACGACCUUAACACCAUGGAUAUUAGAUGUCCUCCAAUCCAUGGGCCACACACACAUGACACCAGUGCAAGCGUCCACCAUUCCUUUGUUCAUGCGCAACAAAGAUGUCGUGGUCGAAGCUGUUACGGGCUCUGGCAAGACCUUGGCAUUCGUUAUCCCCAUAUUGGAGAAGCUCAUUCGGCGGGAAGCGAAGUUGAGUGGGAAUGAGAUUGGUGCACUCGUCAUUAGUCCGACCAGAGAACUUGCCAAUCAAAUUCAUUCUAUAUUCGAGCUGUUCUUGCAGUCUCAGCCGUCGGCACAACAUUCACACCCAACGUCCCCAGCUCAGUCUGACGGCGAUGAAUCCGGGGGUUUACCCGAGUCUCGUUGGGAAUUCCCUCCGCCCCUACUCCUUGUCUCGUCAGGGUCUUCUCCCGCACAGGAUCUCCAACGCUUUAUGUCAACGGGCGCAGACAUCGUCGUUGGUACCCCUGGCCGCGUGGAGGAAUUUCUUCUCGGCAAGGGGAAUAGUGUUGUUAACGUCAAAGAACUGGAGAUUCUUGUCUUGGACGAAGCUGAUCGCUUACUAGACUUGGGAUUUAACCAAACCCUCACCCGUAUUUUGACACACCUGCCGAAGCAGCGCCGGACGGGUCUCUUCAGUGCUACAAUGACAGAUGCAGACGCCGUAUCAGAACUGGUACGUGUGGGCUUGCGGAACCCUGCCCGGGUCGUCGUCAAAGUGCAAACAAAGAAGACAAAAACGAAGGCGGCUGAUGACCAGAGUAGGAAGAAGAUCUCAGACAUGAUAGAAGAACGUCGCAUCCCCGCAAACCUGCGGAAUUUUUAUCUCAUUUGCCGGUCGUCUGAGAAGCUGAUCCAAUUCGCUCGCCUGAUACAACACGAAUGCCAUCACCAACAAUCGUUCCGCUUUAUCGUCUACUUUGCGACGUGUGCCUGUGUCGAUUACUUUUAUAGGAUCCUACCGGCGGUCCUGCCUUCAUACAUCACACUGCACUCACUACACGGCCACCUUCCACCUGCCGCCCGCACGAAGACCCUACAUGCGUUUGCUUCUGGGGUUGCUACCUCUACAUCACCACAAGUAUUACUGGCGACAGAUGUAGCAGCAAGAGGCCUGGACCUUCCUGAUGUAGACGUCGUAAUUCAGUUCGAUCCACCGUCAGACCCCAAAACGUUCUCACACCGUUGUGGACGUACUGCGCGCGCGGGACGGAGUGGCAGGGCAUGGACUUUUUUAGUCGGUCGUGAGAUCGACUAUGUCGACUUCCUGGCCGUCCGCAAGAUACCUAUCAAGGAACGCUCCGCUUUCAGGGAAGAUGGCGCCCCGCUUGCUAUCGCCGAGGAUGAUCUAGAGGACACGGCAGUGCUGCAGACCCUGGAUAAAGUUCGCUACGUUGUCCUUAAAGAUAGAACACUCCACGACAAGGCAACGAAGGCAUUCGUAUCAUUUGUCCGGGCAUACUCGAAACAUGAAGCGUCCUACAUCUUCCGGAUAAAGGAUCUCGACCUCAUUGGUGUCGCCAAGAGUUUCGGGUUGCUACGCCUGCCGCGGAUGCCUGAGCUGAAGGAUGCUAGUCGGGACGAAUGGCGGGAUGCCGACGUUGAUUGGGGCAGAUACGCCCACGCGGACUCCGCAAAGGAAGCGAGCCGCCUCGCAGAACUCGAAAAGCAGAAACAAGUCGAUGCCAUCGCUGCUGCAGAACGGCUCCGGAAGCAAGCCGCGGAAAAGAAAAAAGCGAAUGCGGCGUGGAGCAAUAAGAUGACGAAAAGGGAGGAGAAAGAGAAACGGAAGCAGAAAAAAGGGAACAAGAAGCGGUGGCUCACGCAGCAACAGUCUGCCACUGGCGACAGGAAGAGGAGUAGAGUCGAUGAUGGCGACGGAGAUGGCGACAAAGGCGACGACUGGGAAGACUUGGCGAGGGAGGAGCGGAUGGCGAAGAAACUGAAGCGGGGAGAGAUCUCGCAGAAUGAGUUUGACAGCCAGUUCCCGGAUAUCUAGCUAACGUUACUUUUUUGUUUUUUAUAUACGCAUCGAUGAUUU